UCCUUGAGCAGGUCAUUCAAGUUGCAAUGUCCGGCAGUUUGUUUACAUGAAGAUGGCGCGCUUGUUGAAUCUGAACCAAAAGAUAUAAAUAUUUGAAUUGUGACUGAAGUGAUCGUCAAUGGACACUCGAAAAUAAAAAGGAAGAUCUAAGGGAAACGGUGCAUGUAGUAAUAGGUGUUCUGAAGUUAAGAUACAGUACAAGGAUAUCUCUAUAAAGAUGGCAUCUAAGUUGGAAUGCAGUUUACAGAAGUGGGCUUUAGACCUCUCCCAGAGACAUAAAGUAUUUAGCCACAGUCAUCAGCUCACUCCUGAGCAUUUCUCCAAUUUGACAAAAGAUGAAAGGUUGCAGCCCAUACUCACAUAUUUGAUAAGGCAUGUUCGUCCACCAGAGGAGCAGCGACAGAUCAAAUUAAACCUUAAACAUGCUGAAUUACGAAAAAAGUUGAUUGCUGGAGAAAGUGAAGCUUCCCCAUCAGAAGAAAGGUUUAAACUUCAAGCUGCUAUCAUAGAUGCAAGAUCUAUGGUCUCAUCUGAAGUGAAAGAAAUUCAACAGCUUUCACAAAAGAAAGAGGAGUAUCAGCACCAAGAAGUAGAUUUCACUCGAAGGUUGAUGCUGCUGAAAGUCGUGGAGAAGGAACGGGAGAAAGCGAUUCAACGCUGCAAUUCUUGGGACACUCAGCUCAAACUCUUGUAUGAGAGUCUCCACACAAAGAAGAGCAAGACUUCAUCAGGGAUUGAUUCUGAUGCCAUGAGAGCACUGCAGAGCAACUUGAUAAGUAUAGCAAGUUUACGUCAUUCUAUUAAUAGUGGACAACUUGUCUCCCAAGACUGUAUACAUAAAGAAAAGAUUCAGGUGUGGGACGAGAUACGAGAAACUGUUGAAGAUUGGGGACCAAGGAGUCUUAUGCUUUGUCAGCUUGGAGAAGUGAGGGAAGGCAAUCGCAAUUUGCAGUCCCUCAUUCAGCGGGUUGAUUUGGCAAAAGACGCUCAUGAAUUAAGGUUAAAGUGCGAGAAAGAUGGCUCAUUUAUUGAUGAGAUGAACCCAGGAGGUGUGAUUGAAUCUGUAUCUGAGCUUCUAGGUCAGAUGAGUGCGGCCCAUGUGAAGCUCUUUGUGGAAGCUCACCAUAUUAAUGAAGCAGUUGCUUCUAUAAGUCGUGCCCUGAACACCUUAACGAAUAACAUAGCUGCAGUUGCCAAGAGAACAUAUGAAGAUGAAAAUGUUGCUUCAUCUCUGAUAGAACUGAUCAGAGAAAACAUAUCACUUGUUGGUGAACGUGCGGCUCUAAACAUGACACACACUAUAAUUGCAUCUCUGAGAGAACGUGCUAAAGUUGCAGAGAGAGCCCGAGAUGUGUUACGGUCAAAAUAUGCAAAGAUCGUCAGUUUCAACAAGGAAGUUAAACUUGGAGUAGAAAGCAUUCACUGUCUAGCCAUUAGUGUUAAAGAUGGCAAACAGAAUGUAAAUAAUCAAAUUGAGAGUGUCAGAUCUGACGUUAGUGAUGUUUUGGAAGCCAUGGUUUAUCCAACUCCAAUAUUAUCAGAUGCACUAAAGAAUGAGUGUGUGGCAUUUGCAUCAGUCCCUCUUGGUUAUCUUUUAACAACAAAUGUUGACCAGUAUGGAACAUUGCCUAAAGUAAAGAUGACCACAUCUUCUAUGUUAUGGUUUGACAAAAGCCAAGUAGAUGCUGGAUUAGAAGCGUUAACCACAUUGGGAUCAAGCCUGUUAAGCUGGGAUGGGGUUUAUAAACAGGUGGUAGAAACUGUCAACCACAUAACUUCCUUAAAGAAGCAGAUGGAGCAAUUGCUCUCUCUCAAGGAGGCAGCAUCCUCAUCUCAGAAGAAAGGGAAAGUCAUCACACGGCAAGAUGUAAAAGAACUAGUUGAGAGAGCUAAAACGAAUGAUGAGGAACUUGAGGAAGAAUUAAUGAGAGUGACAGAUCUUUAUGAGAAGAAAAUCUCUGAGGGAAGCCAGCAUCUUACUAGAGUUAACAAACUACUCACAGAGUGGUGGGAACAACCUGCCAAAAAGGUGAUAAUCAAGAAAUCUGCCUAAGGGACCUUGUAAUGAAUUACAUCAGUUUUCAAGUGAUGAUAGUAAGAGUAAUGAAAUGGUAUUGAAAAGAUACUGUAAAUUUAAAAAAGGUACCAGAUAAAAUUAAUGAAAUAUUAAGGAGAAUGUGCAAAUACGUAUAAGAAAAACAAUUAAAAAGAAUGUAAAUGCACUGUAAUUAUGAAAUAUAUAUAAGACAAAGGAAUCUGUAGAAUUAAAUGUCAUGGCUAAUGUAGGUGCUGAUCUUACAUGGAUACAAUCCUGUAAGUUACAAUUUAUUUCAACAUUGUACUAUAGUAACUGGCAAAUAUGAGUCAUACAUUAAGGGGUACACUUUGUAAUUUAUAAAUCAAAUAUGAUUUCUGAUUAUAUAUUUCCAUAUUGAAAGGAGUAUAUGUUCUAUAGAA